CCUAGCUCUGGCCACUGAAAUCAGGCUUGUAGUUGUUCUCAUGCUUCCUUGGAAUAUACACACUUUUGCGCAGAAAGUUCAGUUAAAAAGGACAACACUGCACAUUUCGGCUGAAGUUGUAGCAGUACAUCUAUAUAACUGUGCGCCGCAGAUAUAAGGUUAUAAUACUGCGGGUCGGCGAGACGAGGGUACGAGCGAGCGGAUCACGAACGGUGUCGGCGAUUCCCCGGCUCCCCGUUGUAUCAUGGCAAUGAACGCGCAAUACGAAGCGAUUGGUAAGGGCUUCGUCCAGCAAUAUUACAUGCUCUUCGACGAUCCCGCACAGAGGCCGAAUCUUAUAAACAUGUAUAAUACGGAGACGUCUUUUAUGACGUUCGAGGGCCUACAGUUACAAGGCGCCAUGAAAAUAAUGGAAAAAUUAACUAGCUUAUCUUUUCAAAAGAUAAAUCGGAUGAUAACAGCGAUUGAUUCGCAACCAAUGUUUGAUGGUGGAGUUCUCAUUAAUGUAUUAGGAAGGCUGCAGACCGACGAGGAUCAGCCUCAUGCGUACAUCCAGACGUUUGUCCUGAAGCCGAUCGGCACCAGCUUUUACGUGCAGCACGACAUCUUCAGACUCGCAUUGCACGACACGGUUUAGGCAUCAGGCAGACGAGGACCCACCACACGCCUUCUCACAGACCUUUGUGCUGAAGCCAAUGGGAAACUCAUAUUUCUGUCAGCACGAUAUCUUUCGCCUUGGCAUUCAUGAUACCGCGUGAACAAUGAGAGAUCGAACUGGUUCACCGCGACCGGUAACCAAUCACCAUGGGCGGGGGUUGCUGUGCGACGGGCACCCUGAAGAGAUCGAACUAAGUGAGCGCAACCAUCCGUCGUCAUCGAUCCCUUUCUUCUUCGUCACGAUCGCAUACCUAUCUACCCCAUGCCCCCCAUUUUUUUUAGAUAUCACAGGUUUUAUAUGAAGAUUAUCUGCUUAUAUCUUGGCCACUACAUAAAAAGGAGACAAAAAUUGAGAAAUGAAGAAAAUCAUACACACAUACACACAAUACAAUUUGAUUCGCUUUUCCUCCGUGUAUAUGUAUGUAUAUAUAUAUAUGUGUGUGUAUAUAUAUGUAUAUGUAUACAUACACAUAUAUAUGUUAUGUAGAUAAAUGUGUUACUUCUCGGAAAUAAAUUUGCGUCACUUGGUUAAUCUCAUACGUGAAUUUGUCGUAGCACAAUACACAUAUACAUACAGACACACUUAGGUAAUUAUGUCGGGAGAGUUUGGUUUUUGACGGCAGGUAACGUUUGCAUUAUUACAUACGCUUCAAAAUGUAUUGUAACAUAUUUUACAUUAAUGCUGUGUAUUUUUGUAAUACGACUGUUGGCCAUUAAAUACAAGAAUACGGAAUUAA